AUGUGCGAUUUCCUGUGCUGGCGGCGGUCUGAUCUCACUUCCUGCGCUCGCAUUGGCUGUGUUCGCUUUCCCGGGAGGCCGCUGUGCUCCCGCUGCCCGGCGAUGCCGUUCUCGGCGCAGCCGCCCGCCAGCGGCGAGCGCUACGCGCUGUCCGCCAGCCUGGACAAUGCCCGGCACCUGUCCAGCCUCCUGCGGGCCGUGCACUUCCAGGACCACGCCACCUGCCUCGCCACGGCCAGCGGGCUGCGCGUCACGGUGGAGGAUGCCAAGUGCAUCCAGGCCAACGCCUUCAUCCAGGCAGAAAUUUUUCAGGAAUUUUCUGUUCAGGAGGAAUCGGUAAUGUUCCGGAUCAGUUUGUCUGUUCUUCUGGACUGCCUCACCAUUUUUGGAACCAGUUCCUUGCCAGGAACAUCAACGGCCCUUAGAAUGUGUUACCGUGGUUAUGGGUAUCCCCUGAUGCUGUUCUUGGAAGAAGGAGGAGUAGUAACAGUGUGCAAAAUCAACACUCAAGAACCUGAUGAGUUGUUAGAUUUUGAUUUCUGCAGUACAAAGGUUGUUAAUAAAAUUAUCCUGCAGUCAGAGGGACUACGAGAAGCAUUUGCUGAACUGGAUAUGACCAGUGAAGUUCUGCAGAUUACCAUGUCUCCAGAUAAACCCUACUUCAGGUUAUCCACUUUUGGAAAUGCUGGAAGUGCACAUCUGGACUAUCCUAGGGACUCUGAUUUGAUGGAAGCAUUCCACUGUAACCAGACCCAGACAAACAGGUACAAGGUUUCUUUGCUUAAACCAUCCACAAAGGCACUGGCUUUGUCUUGUAAAGUGUCCAUUCGAACAGAUGCUCAAGGAUUUCUUUCACUGCAGUAUAUGAUUAGGAAUGAAGAUGGACAGAUCUGUUUUGUGGAAUACUAUUGUUGCCCUGAUGAGAACAUCACUGAAGCAGAACUGUAGAGUAGGAACUGACGUCGGUUCUUCAAGAAGGCACUUCUUUGAUUCUGCAGAAAACUACUGCCAUUAGGCCUUGGGUCCCCACCAGUCUUUGAAGAUUCCAGAAGUCAAAAUAAUUCCUUUGGCUCCCAAAAAUCUUUAUGCAAUUAAACACCAACAGUGCUGGUGCUACUGUUUUCUUGUGCCUCCCAAUAUGUUGGAUUUGUCUCCUUGGCUUUCUACAAUGAUUUGGAUCUGUAAAGCACAAAAUUCCCCAGGGGAAUUCAGUUCCAUACCUCUAUUUUAAAGUCAGUGGUGGGAAAGAAUCAGUUGCUUAACUUUUAUUUAGUUUAGUUGUUUAUUAUUUAUUUACACAUGAAUUUACAAGGAGAUAGUGGUCUUGUGUACUUGACUAGAUGAGUCUUUAGUGAGGUUGGUGGAACAGCAGGAAAAGCUGGGAUAAGCCCUAUGCUGUUUCCUGUAGGUGUCUGUUUUUAACCUCAUUUUGUAGCAGCUUGAAGAAUUCAGCAGGUGUGUCAUACCAAAAUAAACAUACAGAAACUGUGUGUAGUAGCACUAAGCAGUGCUUUUGCUAACAGUAACAUUAAAGAACACUGACAUUAAACUGAACAAAUACAGAAUUAUUUUUAAAUGCUGCUGCAGAAUAGUCAACUGAUGCCUUCUUGUUGAGACAAAAACUCAUUUUUAUGUUUAUGUGUUUGGUGGGUUCAGCCUCUUUCUACCCUGCUUCUGUCCUUAGCCAGGUCUAAGGACAACAGGGCAGGGCAUUAGCAUUGCUACAGCUAAUUGCAAGGGCUCUUCCAAGCAGAGGGUGUUGGAGGGAGAUGCAGUUGGGUGCCCCACACAGCUGUGAUUUCUGCGGAGUAAUAGACUCUCACAGAAGUGAGAAGUGGGCUUGAAUGUCCACCACGACUGUAAAUGCCAAUCUGUGUAAGUAUUCUGGUGGAAUGCAUCCAAGGGGGUUUAGAAAGAACUGCACUGCCCAGGAAAAGCUUCCCUUUUGUAAUACCACUGAAAAUCUGAGCAGAGAGACAAUGGGAGUUUCACUCCCACUUUCACCUCCACCACAUCAGCAUUUGAGGUGGGGCUGUGUCUGUGUGGGAAUUAAAACUGAGCAGCCUCCUACCCCCUCCAAAUGUGACCAUGGAGUUGACCAAACAAGAGCAAGUGAGCAGAAAGGUGGAGGUCUGAGAUAGGAAAUCUGUCUGAACAUAUGUUAGGAUUUUACCCAGUAAAUGCUGGUGGAGUGCAGGAAUGGGUUUGCAACACAAGGGAGGUGUGGAAUUACUCCACACAAUUAGCUGCUUGUGCCCCAUAUCAACCAGAAAGGAGACUUAAUCUAUGAAAUACAUAGCAACUGAGAAGCCCUAAGUUAUGUCCAGGUGUUGGAAAGAUAAAUUACUUGUUGGCAGAAUUGCCUUGUUAAGCUUCGAUGAUCUCAUACCUAGGGGGAGAUUAACAGAGCUUGGGAAGAAAGAUGUACCACUGAUAGUAGGCAGACCCAAAGAAUGCAGAAUUUUAGGGUCACAAGGAGAUUUGGCAGAACUCCCAAGAUAAGGGAGAAACUAAUAAAGCCAACUCAACAACUGUGCUGAAACUGACUGGCUAAAAAGAAUUCCAGCAGGGAGAAAUCAUGACAGACUGAGUCAUGGCCCACCAUGUCCAAAGAAGAUGAAGACUGAGGGUGCAGACUAAUUAGCAUAAGAACCGAGAGAAUCAUUAAGCAAAAGAAGAUAGAAUACUAAUUAAUAAAAGAACUAUGUCCCUUGUAGCCCAUGAACAUUAAUGCCUAUGUUUGCUAAUGUUGAGGGAUACAUCUGGUGCAGGCAGCUGUGUUUGCAUGCUGAACUGGAGAUGCAGGGUGUGAGCCCAGAGAGAGACAAGAGGCCAUGAACUGCCAACCCUGUGAUUAACAAAGAGCACAAAGCCCAGUGAAACCAGCCCAGGAGAGUGGACACUGGAGACACAGCAGAGGCAGACAAUUUGGAUAACAAGAGAUGAAGAUGAGUGAUGCCAGCAAGGUGAAUUGACACGGAGAGGGUGGCAGGAGCUGACUGGAGAGGAAGAGCUACACUUGUACUUGGGUAGACAGUGAGGGCAUAAAAUUCCCCAUUGUUCCUUUUUUGAGGGUCCCUCCUUUGGAGGCAUCGCCACAGACUGUUUCUGUGUAACUGCACCAUGAAUA